GGCGCUGAAAGACCGACGUGCCGAAGGUCGCGGGUUUUUCCUGUCGGAGGUUUUGGAGAAGAGACCGUUGCCGAGGGAGGAGAACCUCUGACGACCACUGCGCUUGAACUGUGGUGUGAGUUAGCGGGGAGCAGUUUAGCCUGCCCCUUUGCGGCCUUCUUCUGCAGCCGCUUUCCUCGUAGCCGAAGUCGGGGCUUGUCGUCGCCGCUCCCUCGACCCCAGCCUCCGGCUUCUCACACCCCUCUCUGCGUUCGUACAUGUUUACUCGGAAGUAAAUCCCACUUCGCUCGUGGGCUUACUCCCUGAGUUGCUGUGUGCCCAAAAUGUGGGUCGGAGAAUGUUGUGGCAUCGGCGGGGGAAUGAGGCUUAGAGAGGCGGCAGCUUUUUUUUGCCGAAGAUGGGUCUUCCGCUCCAGUGGCAGAGUCCAUCCGAGGCGGCAGGAAUCGGCAGUGCCAUUUAAGACUUCAGUAGGUGGGAAGAGUCAAAUUGUCAACGAUUCCUUCCUAACUUUCGCCCCGGAAAAAAAAAAAAAACCCUCUUCAGGGAGAGCGGUUCUAGCCUACCUCUUGCUUUGUCUUAUCUGCUUCCCGAUCCUAUGAAUUAUUACUAACUAAAAUCUGCAGCUGGGGUGUGCGUGUGAAAACCAGCUAGCCCCACCCUGGGGCCCUCCAGGAUGGACACAAUUUAUUCCGAAAUAAAUGCAGAAGAUGACCACGCAAUUAAAAGAAGGAUUUCAUCUAUUUUAAAAGUCCCCCGAACCCCUCUUCGUGACCUAGGGAGUGGGAAUGAGAUAAUUCAGGGUGGCAAUGCUGAGAAACGUCAGAGAAACUCCCGGCGUGUCAGUUUUGCAGAUACAAUAAGGGUUUUUCCAACAGAUCUUCAAACAAGUGCGGAGUCAGAUCAUUUAGAGGAAACAGUAGAGCCAAGGCAUCAGGAACCACUUAAUCAAAAAGAAAAACCAGAGACUGUCCAGUGUGAGAUCACUGGAAUGAACACUUUACUUCAUGCCCCAAUCCAGACACCAUUGCAAGAAAUAGAGUGCUACGAUGUAAACUCUGGUCAGGAAUGGAACAAAAUGAACAGAACACUUCUCUUUUCAGAAGAAAAUGAAAUGGAUAUGACAGCUGGUCACACUGUAAUGAUUACACAUGAUGUUGGGAUCUAUGAAGAAACUAACAAGCCCAAGAAAAUAGAUUUCAAAUCAUUUUCGGCUGAGUUAAAACUGAAUAAGAAAAAUUCGGAAAUGAAUGAGAGCAGUUUCCUUGGUGACCCUAUGAAAGGGAAUGAGACUUGUCUACUUCAACAGAAGACAAAUGUUGGUAGCACAGAAAAAAUUAAAUUUGAUGACUUUUUGAAAAGCUUGAAAUCAACUAAACCCUUUACCACACCUGCAGCUGAAGUAUCUUUUUUGCCUUCAGAAGUCCCAGAAAGAAAACAGUGCUCUUUGGAAGUAAAUGCAUCUUUCGACUUGCAAGGGAAAAGCAACCUCAUGAACAUCUUUGGGGGACUUGAUAAUAAAACAGCUGUUACACAGUACAGCUUAUCCAAUGAGACCAUUGCGCCUCCUACGUGUCAUGCUUCAGAGCAAACAGGACAUAGGAUGGUUACUCUGCAUUGUGGAGAUGAAAACAUGGGCAUGAAUAUUGUCAGUACAGAGAGAGUUUUGCCAGCUGGACCUGGCUCACUUAAUGUAGCAAAACAACAUCAGAACUUUGAAAGUGAUUGCUCAGUUUCUUAUGAUAGCUACAGAUCAAAGCCUAGUCAUCCCCCUGGUAUUCAGCAGCACCCAGCUAUGUGUAUUAAUAAAACAACUGUAAACAGUGGGGAAGUAGGUGUUUCCAAAAAACAUGGCAUCAAGUUGAUAAGUAGAGAUGACUCACUGCCCUCUAAUCAAGGAAUAUCUGUUACCCCAAAAUUUUUUGGAGCAAUGCCAGUUCUUGAUGGUAGUAAAAAUAUUGUUUCUUCUAGCACUUGUUCAGAUAUGGAAGUUACUAGAAAUUGCACAGGUUUAAUUUGUGAUGCUAAUUCUAAGGAAAUUAGCAAACUUGUCCAUAGAACUUGUGAAAACAAGAGCAAGAUUGUCUCUAGGCUAAUUGGAAGAACUGUUUUUGGAGACAGUAAUAUGGACACCAUAGAGAAUCAAGCUUCUACAAAUGCUAAUAUGAAUGGUAUUCCUCAUUCCAUCCCCUACAAUGAAAUGACUGCCUCAAAGCGAGAGGCUAUUUAUGGAAAUAAGGAGCUGCAAAAUUUAAGUAUAAAACCUGUUUCUUGGACAUCUUCCCAUCUUGAGAGGAAAGAAGACGCUCGGCUUGUGACAAGUGACAAGUCAGCAGUCUUCUCUGCAAAAGACACAGAUUUAAGUAGAAAUUAUGUUGCCAAGACUGAAGCAAAGCAAGGAGAAAGUCAAUUUCUUCUGUCUGGUGACAAAGCAGCCUUUACUGAACUGAGUGGUACAACAGCUGUAAACUAUACAACUAAUAGAAAAAGUUCCUGUUCAAACAAUAGAAUGCCUGCAGUUCCUGCAGACAAAACUGUUAUGUUUUCAAUCAGUGAAGACAUGGAAUUAACUAAACCCAUAACAUACCCAAUAGAUAAAUCUCUGAAAACUGCUGGAUUUUACAAGAAGCCACAGGAAGAAACAAGACCUAGUAACCAUAAUAUAAUUGGACCCGCUACUAACAAGACAGUUGUAUUUUCCCUUGAAGACAAUGAAAUGGAGAUUACCAGGAGCUGUACAGUGGCAGUAAACCAUAACUUUAUGCAGCAUUGUGAGAAAGAUUCUCAAGUGUUGCCCUUACAGACUGUUGAUAAGACUGUUGUUUAUGCAUCACAUAAUGACAUGGACAUAACUAAACCAAACACAUGCAUAAUAGACCAGUCUCUAGAAAAUGGAGGUGCCCAGGCAGUGCACAAACUUGAUUACAAAGCUGAUGGAAGACCUCCCACUGGAUCAACCAGAGACAAGACUAUUGUAUUUUCUCUUAGUGAUGAGAAUGAAAUGGAAAUUACCAGGAGCCAUACAGUGGCAUUAAACUAUGGUGAUGCCCCUCGAGGUGCCAACAUCCCCAUUACAAUGUAUGUACCUCCAAAUAAAACUGUAAUGUUUACAUUUAGUGAGGAUAUGGAGAUAACUAGGCCUGUUGCAGGGGCAAUAGAUACAUCUCUGAAACGUGUAACUGGUUCUCUUGCUGUACCACAGCAAGGUACAGGAAACGAAAAGAAAAGGAUAAUGGGAACAGCUAGCGACAAGACAGUUGUAUUUUCCUGUGGUGAAGACAAUGAAAUGGAUAUUACCAGGAGCUGUACAGUGGCACUAAACCAUAAUUUUAUGCAUCAUUAUGAGACAGACCCCCAAGUAUUGCCCUUAAAACCUGUUGAUCAGAGUAUUUAUGCAUCACAUAAUGGCAUGGACAGGAGUAAGCCAAUUUCAUGCAUAACAGAUCAGUCACUGGAGAAUGCUAGUGCCCAAGUUGUGUACAAAUCAGGAAAUGAGGCUGAUGGAAAAACUCCCAUUGGAUCAACUAAAGACAGGACUGUUGAAUUCUCUCUUAUUGAAGACAAUGAAAGGGAAAUUACCAGGAGUCAUACACUGAAAGUUAAUCAUGAUACUAUCCAACAAAUGGGGGGAGCUCCUCAAGCACCCUCCCCAUUUCCUGCAGAGAGAUCCUACGUAUUGGUACAUAACAGUAACAUGGCAGUAAAUAAAUCUACAAGUUUUAUUCCUGAAGACAAGAGAAUGAUGCUUAGUCACUACAAUGACACAGAAAUAACUAAACCCAUAAAACAUGUAACAGAUUCAUUCAAGAAAAACAAAGAAAAAGAAACUGAUAAAAUAAUCCUACCAGAAUUUGUUGAGGAAGAGACAGUUAAAUUUUUCCUACAUGAAAACAAUGAGAUGGAGAUUACUAAGAGCUUUACAGUUGCAGUAAACCAUGAUAUCAAAAAAACAGAGAUAGCAUCCCAAGAACUGUCCCUGAUUCCUUCAGAGAAAACCAAGAUUUCUGGACAUAAUAGUUACAUGGCCACAAGCGUUGUCCCUACAGAUAAAGCUUUGAUGUGGAUGCAUAGGAAUGACAUGGGAAUAACGGAACCCUUAACAGAUACAUCAUGGGAAAAUACCAAUUCCAAACAUUUGCCACAGAAGGGAGAGGAAACUAAGAAGGCAAUGCUAUCUGGGCCAGUUAAUAGCAAUGCUAUUGCUGUUAAGGUGCUUGAUGAUGAAAUAGAUAUUACUAAAUGCCACACAGUCGAAGUGAACCAUGAUAUUUUUUCUCAGUCUGAAAGAAGACCUCCAGUGCAGUUUUAUCAGAAUAGUAUGGGCAUUACAGGAUCUUAUAAUGAUAUGAAAAAUAUGCAUGCAAAUAUAAUGAAACUGGGAAAGGAAUCUAAAUGGGAAGUGUCCUCAAACCAAACAUUGGCAUUAGCUACUGUUGAUAAUAUGGACAGUGCUAAAAGGCAUCCAAUGCUGAUGAAUAACAAAACAACUCAGGAUCAUCAAUCAGUUAGCAAAUCUGGGCUCCUAAUUCCUCUCAAUAAAAAUAGUGUGUUCACAUGUUAUCAGUAUGGCAAAGAAAUCAAUAAGUUGCCUCCUAAUGCUACUGCUGAUCAGAGCUUGGAAAAGAAACAGGAGCUAAAUAAAAACACAAAACAGGAAUUGGGUAACAUGUCAUUAUUUACCAGUCAUGGAAUAACACAAGAUAUAGACAUCACUAGAAACCACACAGUUAAUAUUUAUGGUCCCGAUUGUUGUGUACCAAAUCCUGAAAAACAGAUACUGCACUUGGUCACAAAAUCAAGAGAAAAUACCAUUGCAUUUUCAGAUGGUGAGGCCAUGGAGGUAACUAGAAACCACACAACUGGAAUUGAGUUUAUGAAUACAAAUAAUUGUAAUAAUGAACUAAGCUCUUGUUCCCAGACUGAAUUUGGCUCUGAAUUUCCUCCUUUGGUUGUCCCAAAUGAAAAGGAAUUGGACAUUGCUAAAACUGACAAACAUAUGCCUGAAAAGUCAAUUUCAUCCUCUAAUAUGGAGCUGUCUAUAUCUGUAAAUAAGGCCAAUACACAGAAUUCGUCGAGAAUCCAAGACAACCAGCUAGAAUCCCAUAUCUGUAGAAUUAAUAAUCUUGCAGCAGUUGCUGCAAAUUAUGUGCAUGGUUGUGAAGAAAAUGAAUGCACGUUGCCAGUUGAAAUGCUAGAUCAAAAUCCAGAGUUAUGCGGUGAAACUGCUCUUAAUGUGAACACAGAGAGAAUGUGCAUGUUACUUACUGAACAUGAGACUUCAAAAGAUUAUCCAGGAAAAUUAUUUCUAUCAAGACAUGAAGGUAGCCCUGUUAGAGUUCCAGGAGGUCUGCCAGUUGCUGACACAGCAACUAACAUAGACUUGGGCCAUGCUACAAAAGAUUGGCAAACUAAUUUGGAUCUUCCCAUCAAAAACGUCUGCUCAGAAGAAGAUCCAGUCCUUUUGUUUAGACCACCUAGUAUUGUUAAUGAUCGUUCAAUGCUAAUGAACCCUGGGAAGAAGCCAGAGUUUGGCUUAAUAUCUCAAAAUGAUAGGCCCAGACUUGGAGAAAAGCUACUAAAGCAGAAAGAUUUUUUGGAGUUAACAGGAGGUAUCAGAAUAGAAUCCAGUAACUCUGUUGUUUCCAAUGAAUUGAAAAAUAAGCCUUUUACAGAGGGUGAUCCUUUUAGUGUACCCUUCAGUACUAUGCAGAAGGAUAGCUGUCAAAUAAAAAAGUUACCCUUGGGUAUCUUUCCACCUAAACUGCCAAACAAACGAAAAUUCAUCAUUUCUAAUGCAGAUGGCGGUGGUGGAAAAAGAAAACUUCAAGAUUCAGAAAAAUCUCUGCUCAUUAAGAAAUCCUCAGAUAAAAUCACACAACAUUUGAGUCCAUCACACUAUAUAAGUGAAGAAUUACUUCCUCAAUGUGUAGAGGAAAUGGAUUCCAGUGAGCUUCUAAAUUGCGAACUUCGGGAGAAGGUUUGUGAUGUGGUGGAUAAAAAAAUCACUGAUAAAGGGCAUCUAAAAGAAACUAAUAGCCAGAAAAGAGUUUGGAAUCAAGAGGGAGAAGAGUUUCAGAAAGAAAAGAAGCUCAAAGCUGAUGAGGGCUGGACUGAUACCACAGAACUGAAGCAACCAUUUUCCAGCAUUAUAGUACCUAAUGAAGAAAGUCUUGAAGGCAAAAACACCCAAGAUACGAUGGCUUCAAAUAUGGAAAGGACACACAGCAGUAAUGGAAGCUCCUUGGAUUCAAUUAAGGCCGAUCCAGAUUUCAGUAUUCAGCGAAAUGCUGAAAUAGAGGCUGAACUUCUUAUGGGCAGUACUUGUGAACAAAAUUUGCAGGAGAAAUUGCAGGAAGGUGUUAUCACAGUUGGGGAAUUUUUUACACUUCUCCAAGUUCAUAUUCUCAUACUGAAACCUCGCCAGAGCCUGCUCCCACCCAAAUACACUGUCAAUGCAUCUCCUACCCUGGAAGAUUUGAUUCUCAGCAAGUAUGUUUAUCAUCCAAAGUUGCAGAUUUACAAUGAAGAUUGUCAAGCUCUCUCCAAGAUAAUAGAAGAGCUCAAGUUGUGUGCUGAUAACAAAGAUAAACUUCUGGUGAAUGUACAUAAAAGUUUGUGGGAAGUAAUGAGAACCUGUUCUGAUGAGGAGCUGAAACAGUUUGGAGCAGAGUUAAACAAAAUGAAAUCCUGUUUUGCCAAGAAGAGCAAAGUCCUGGCUCACAGAGGGAAAGCAAAAUUAUACAUGAAGCUGGUGCAAAUUGCACAGCUCCAGUGGGAGAAACUCCAAUCAAGACUAAAUGAAAUGGAUGAACUUUUCAAAGAAAUGGAUAGCUGUCUUGUUGCUCUGGAAGCAGAAAUUGCUAAAUUGGAAGAGUCUGAGCUAGAGGUCAGUGAAUCUGUGGCAGAAUGUGAGUCAAAACUGAGACAGACCGAGCAAGAGCUAGAAAACUACAAAGCUCAAGAGGAAGUACUUCAAAGAGAUCAGUCAAAUCUUAGAGGACAGCAACAACAGAGAGUUUCUGAAAUAAAACAUCUCCAGGAAGAAGUCAAACGUUGUCAGGAACAUAUGGAGAAAUACAACUUCUCUGAAUGGGUGGUGAAAGAAUGGAAUGAUCAGCAGGCAGUUUUCACCUUCCUUUGUGAUUCUAUCGAGCUCACUAUUGCACUUGAAUGCCCUGUGGAUGCUGCUGCUUUCACCACCAGAAUGCCCUACAGGAAAAUAGUCAGUGUGCACUUUGAAUCAUUGUUGGAUGAAGCAAAAGCGCCAACUUCUUCCAAACUAGUGCACAAGCUCAUUUUCCAGUUUAUUAUUGAUCAAUGUUCAUGGCAGGAGAAAUACACAACAGUGCACCAUCUUCAUCAGUUGCUGCAUGAUAUCUCUCUUGUGGUGAGUCGCUGUCAGCUCCUAGGAGAAGAGAUAGAGUUUCUGAACAGAUGGGGUGGGAAAUUUAAUCUUCUGAAGACAUCUGUGAAUGAUACAAAACUGAAACUAUUAUUCUCCAGUUCUCUGGCUUUUGCAAAGUUUGAAGUUGAACUGUCUCUCUCUGCCAACUACCCUAUAUCCCCUGUGGCUUUCACUGUUCAAAAAUACACAGGCAAUCUUGGCCAAGAAGAAAUUUCUGAGGUUUUGUCUAAAGUUCCAGUGGGAGCCAACUAUUUGAAGAGAAUGAUCGAUCAGAUUCAUCAUAGUCUGCUCCAGAAUCCCUCAGCAAUUUACAGACAGCAAAAAUAGUUUUGUGUGCAGCUCUCAGACUGGACACUCUGACAGUUGAAGUAUGAGAAAUAUAAUGUCAGCUGCCAAGAGAGCAAUAUUUGUGGUCAGAUAUUUAGACACAGUCUUAAGCACAAGUACGUGGAAAACUGUAAUAAUGAAAGAAUUUCAUAUGGCUUCUUUUCGGUUUUGUGUGUGGUUUUUCCCCCCAGUCAUGUUUUCAUAGCUUCUGGUGCUGCCUAUGGCUUUUUUAUCUAGGAACCUAGCUUCUCUAAACUAUGAAACUGAUAUAAUUCAAUUCCAGUAAUAUUUACGAUUUGAAAGAUCCUUUACUGCAGUUAUGGGUAUCUUCCAAGUUUUGUGUGUGUGUAGAUGAUCAGCAUUAGCCUUUAACACCCCAUCAUAAAUUAUUAGGUUUUAUUUUCAUACAUUUGCUGGUAUAACUCCUAAACUGAAAUCUCAUUCAAAUAUUGCACUUCAAAAACUAUACAUAUUUUCCAAUAUAUAUGAAAAGUACUUUGACAGAAUCUCAGUCAUACCACCAGUGAUGUAUUUUAGAUUAUUGAUGAUGCGCUUCAUCAUAGGUAUACUGUAGCCUCCAGAAUUUCUCCACUCUGAUGUAUAGUUGCCUGACAGCUUCUGUAUAUAUGUAAAGUAUAGCAUUUUAUAACUUUUUUUGAAGCCUGGGAAUUGGUGUUUUAAUUAUCUGUUUUCCUUCUGUUGAAGAGAGAAGUUUUUUAAAAGUAUGUUUAUACUAAUAAACUUGUUUUUGAAAUGA